CCGCCCACGGGAGCGUCGCUGUCGCGAUGACGUAGCUGGCGCAGGCGCACUCCGUCGGCGACGCCGAGGCGCUGCUGGAUCUGUGGGCGGAGCAUUUUUAUGGUCAUCUGCACCUUCUGACUCGGAAAAGAUGGUCAACGUCUUGAAAGGAGUGCUUAUAGAAUGUGACCCUGCCAUGAAGCAGUUUCUGCUGUACUUGGAUGAGUCAAAUGCCCUAGGGAAGAAGUUCAUCAUUCAAGACAUUGAUGACACUCACGUCUUCGUAAUAGCAGAGUUGGUUAAUGUCCUCCAAGAGCGAGUAGGUGAAUUAAUGGACCAAAAUGCCUUUUCUCUUACCCAGAAGUGAAAAUACUGGAUAUUGACCACUUGGGAAUUAAAAGUAACAAAUGUGAGAGACUCCUCAUUCAGUAUCUUAUGUGACUGGUUAGAUUUAUAGAAUUGCUUGAAAACCUGUGACAGGAAAGACUGCAGUAUCAUUUGUUUGUUAAAAAAAAAAAAAAAGCCCUUGAACUGACUUUCCUGUUCUGUUUUUUUCAGUACAUGUACCCUAGAAUUAAAAAAAAAAAGGAAAAAAGCUUAACAGUUGGCUGUAAUUUGUCUUUUAUUAUCCUUUAUUAAAAAUGUAAAUGUAAUUGGUUUUCCUACCUUUUUAAUGCCAAUUUAAUACAUUAAGAGUAUAAUAGAAUAUACUUUUAAAUCA